ACAGAUUUAGAAUCAGCUGAUACUUUCCAGAGUCCAUUACACUGGAUCUGACAACACACUGCUGUAAAGAUGACAACCACAAUGGUAAUCAGACAGCCACAGCCUGUUAUGGUCUCCACAGAAUCUGAUAAAUGGGGAUCAGGCAUUUGUGACUGCUGCAAUAAUGUGCCUGAAUGCUGCUUUGCUUUCUGGUGUUUCUGGUGUUUUACCUGUAUAAAAGCCAAGGAGCACGGUGAGUGUUUAUGUCUCCCCCUGCUGGACGUCUGUGGGAUCGCCCCACCCAUAACACUGGCAAUGAGGGUCUCAAUGCGCAAACGUUAUGGAAUAAAGGGCACUAUCUGUGAUGACUGCGUGUUGGCCACAUUCUGCAGACCCUGCGUUUGGUGUCAGAUGUCACGAGAGAUGAAGGCUCGAGCUAUACAAGUCUCUCUCGUUGGUGCCAGGAUUUUUUAAACUAUUAUGAAACAGCUAUGCUCUUGUCAUGUAUGUCCUAUAACUUAUAUAAGAAAUUAUGAAGGUAAACGUGUCAGCUGAAAUAAUGAAUCACAGAAAGGGUUUCAUAUAUUUAUUCUUAUGUCUCAUUAAAUCUGUAUUUUAAUUUUUAUAUAGUAUUUAAAUUGUAUGAUUCUCCUUAACUGUACAUUAAAUCACUUUUGAUAUUAUUUGUGAUAAAACACAAGGAUAUGUAAGUUUCCAUGUAAGAAACUGAGACUGAUGUUAAAUUGGUAUAUGUCUCAUCACUGUCAUGACUGCUAUGUUACUCGGAACUGCACCCCAGACUUUCACCCACUGUUGCACUUGUGCAUAUGGAUGUGUGACAAUAAAGUGAUUUGAUUUGAUUUUGAUUUGACUGCAGAUUCACAUGGCAUUUGUGUUCUGAAAUAAAUGACCUCAAAGUUUCUUG